AAAAUGUCCGGUCGAGUCACCCACCAACCCCCAACCACCAGCCCUUCAUUGCCCAUUGCCCAUUGCCCAUUGCUCAUAACCCAAUGCUAUGGGCAUAACGCUGGGCGAUGGGCGCUUUCGACCCUGAGGGGUCGCUGUUGUUGUUGUCGUCGUCGUCAUGGGCGUCGUUGUCGUUGUUCCCCCUAUCAAGAUAUGGCGUCCGUGUAGUUGAGGGAUUUUCAGUCCUCGCUCCUCUUCCUCACUGUCACCACACCGUCACCGUCACCAUCAUCGAGCGCUAAUCUCCGAUCUCCCCCUAGGGCGACCACAAUGCCCGCUCACGGUUCACCGCUCACAGCACGCGUACCGCUCAUGUAGCAGCCCCAAUCCCCUCCCUCACCUCCCCCUCGCGUCUUUCUGCCAAAGCCUUCGCCUUCCUUUCCCUCUCCCUUUCCCUCUCCCUAUCUCUAUCUCUGAGCUCUCUCGGCUCCCGCUCCCUCAUCUCCCUCGGCUCGCGAGACUCCCACUUCCGUUCAGGCUCUCUCGAUUCCCGUUUCCCGCGCUCCAUCGGUUCCCUCGACUCCCUCGACUCCCGUUUCUCCCCCCGCUCCCGGUCGCGGUCGAUCAACUCUCUAGGUUCUCGGGAUCCGCGAGCUUCUCGAGCUUCUGGUUCCCGUGCUUUAGCCUCUGGGUCUUUUUCUUUUCGGUCUUUUGGUCCUGGGUCGGUUGGGAGUCCCUCUGCUGUAGGGGUUGGGGUUGGUGCUGAAGGGACUGAUGCUGCUGCUGCUGCUGAAGGGACUGAUGCUGCUGACGCUGCUGCUGCUGAAGGGACUGAUGCUGCUGACGCUGAUGGGGCUGUCGCUGAUGCUGCUGACGGCGCUACAAGGACCGAGGCUGAUCCUGCUCCAAAAGAAUACACGCCGUUCACAAUCCCGUUCGCAAUCUUGUUCGCUGUGCCCGUGGCCCUCACUGUCACUGUCGUUGCCGUCGUCGGUGUCAUUAUAGCUGUCGUCGUUGUCGUUCCCUUCCCGUUCGUCGUGGGCGUGGUCGCACUCAUACUCAUACUCAUGGGGCUGUUCACAUACCCAUUCGCACUCGCACUCGCACUCCCACUCCCACUCCCACUCCCACUCCCACUCCCACUCCCAGCGGCAGCAGGAGCACCCACGACCGCAUCGCACGCACUCCCCUCCUUGCCCGCCGUCCCAUCCAUCCUAUCCCUCCUAUCCAUCCUAUCCAUCCUAUCCCUCCCAUCCAUCCUAUCCCUCCCAUCCACUCUCGUGCUCGUACUCGCACUCGCACUCGCGUUGGCGCUCGGCCCUGGACUAAUAACGCCAUCCACACCCAUUCCUACUCUCGUGCGUGUCCCCUCCAACUUCAACUCCAACUGCAACUCCGUCUCAGUCUGCGCCAGGGACUGAAGCUGGGACUGAGGCUGAGGCUGGGACUGAGGCUGAGGCCGAGGCCGAUCUCGAUCUCCUCGAUCUCCUUCUCCUUCUCGCCUGACCUUUUCCGGCUUGACCUCCAGCUCCAGCUCCAGUCGCUCUGGCUCUGACUCUGGCUCUGGCUCUGGCUCUGGCUCUGGUUCUAGCUCUGGUUCAUCCCGCUCAUCCCUCACCCCCAGGCCCAGCCUCUCCGCCUCCGGCUGCCCCACAUCCCAUUUCAGACCCCCAACUCUCUCCUCCUCCCCCUCUCCCUCCCCUUCCGCCUCCCCUUCCCCCACCCCCAGCGCCUCCCCCACCCCCUCCCCGUGGCCCUGGCCCCGGCCAACCCCCCAAGCCCCCCACUCUCCCCAGUCCAACCACCUCCAGUCCACUCCUUCCAGGCUAACCUCUCUCAAAAGCUGGCGUUCUGCCAACUUCCGGAUCAAGGGUUGGUGGGCUUUUGCCCGGGCUGCUAGGGUUUGCCUUUCCCUCUCUUUAUGGGCGACCUCCGUGCCUUCGUUCCCACUCCCACUCCCGCUCCCGCUCGCAUUCGCAUUCGCACCAGCACUGGGACCAAAGCCAUCAGUCCCAGAGCUAAGAACCGAUGGAUGUGCGUACAGCGGGUACGGAUACGGGUAAGGGUAAGGGUAAGGGAGCGGGUUUGGCUGAGGGAGUGGUUUGCCCGCUAUUGGGGUUAUUUGGAGGGAUUCGAGCAGAGGGAGUUGGGGGAGGGAAUCGAGGAGUCCUUCAGGUAAAGGAGCGACAACGCCUAUUCUCAACUUCCUGAGCCCUUCAAACCCGUUCAACAACCCCAGCAUGCGCUCGUCCAGCACAGCUACCCUCAGCCCCAACUCCCUCACACCACCUUCCGCCCCAGACCUAUAUAGCGCGCGGAAGGUCCUCUCCAGUUCCUCCCCCCCUGAUGCAAGCGGGCGUAUGACGACUUUCUUCACCGGCCGACGGGGGAGGAGCAGUUCGUACGCCUCCGGUGUUAGAGGGCCUUCGAACGUCUCCAAACAAGGGAGUGCCUCUUCCGGCAGGUGCAAGCCGGAGAAUGUCUUGCUCGUGCAUACCAACACGCGCAAUUUCCGCUGAGCAAGGAGGAAGUCGCACAGGACUCGAGCGUCCAUCGAUUCGCUCGGUAUGGAGAGCCUUUUGAGGGUAUCGUCUGGUACGAACUUGCCUAGCCUGCGAAGGAAGAACGAGGGGAUCUGGUCCGCUCCGAGGAGGGAGAUGGACGUCGUAUGCCCCGAACAGAGCAGUGGGAUCAGAGCUUCGAAGAGCGUUACGUGGUUCAUGAUGUUGUCUAUCGAAAGAUGUUCCAAUGUGAGCGAGCAGUGUUUGAGUGACUGGAUAGUGAUUGCGCGAGGGGGGACGGAGCCUGUGAGUGUGAGCCUGCGGAGGUGGGGAAGGGAGGAGAGGACGCUGAUGAGCGGUGUGAGUUCUAGCCAUUUGAGUUGGAGAGUAUGGAGGUUAUGCAUCUGGCCUAGGGCGGCAAGGAGGUGCGGCGGAGAGUCACGUCCUUGAGGCCCGUGUUGUGAGCGUGAGGAGAUGCUGCAUGUUCUUACGUGGGAUGCGAGCUGUGUCUGUGGGUUGGAAAUGAGGAGAGCGAGAGGGAGAGAACGAUCUUCUUGCGCGUGUGGUUGGAGUGCGUAUGCUGGGACUGUAGGGCGUGGGAUUGGAGGAGAUCGGAGGGUGAUAUUAGAGAAGAGGAUUGAACGUGUGAGAUGGAGGAAGUGGGAGUUAACUUGAGCUGUGUUAUGGAGUGAGUUUG